CCUGCAGCAGCUCCAUGGAUUCCUCUGGGCUCUCUCCAGCAGCUCCAGGUGCUGCUGCUGCGUCCCCAGGGCUGGGGCAGCUCUGCAGGUGGGGUCUCACCUGAGCACAGGGGCAGGAUCCCCCUGCCCUGCUGCCCACUGGGCUCAGCCCAGGGCUGGGGGGUUCUGGGCUGGGUCAGGUCCAGCUCUCACCCCCAGCACCCCCAAAUCCUUCUCCCAGGGCUGCUCCAGCUGCUCAUGCCCAGCCUGGUGCCAGGAGGGUCUGACCAGUCUCACCCCGUGCUGGCGCUCUGGGGCGCUGUCCCCAGACCAUUCCACAUCUCUGUGACACCGAGCUGCCCUCCCCGCACGUGGAACCGACCCUCUGUGACAUCACCCCGGCCCGGUGGCACCGCGGGCACCACCAGGGCCGUGGGUGGCACCAGAGGUGACAGCUCUGCCCCGGCUCUGCCACCUGCGCUGGCACCGAUGGCUUUGCUGGCGCUGCUCGUCCUGCUGGCCCUGGCCGGGCCCGUCUGGGCCACCUGGGACACCUGCAGAGGCACCUGCGGGCUCCGGCCCUUGGCUUCCGACCACAGCUCUGGUGCUGGCACGUCCCGUGUUGUGGGUGGCACCGGUGUCCAGCCUGGGGCCUGGCCCGGCAUCGUCAGCAUCCAGGCCACCUGGAAGAACGGCACGUGGCACAUGUGCUCGGGUGUCCUCCUCAGCUCCCAGUGGGUGCUCACGGUCGCACACUGCUUCGCCAGGGCCGGGGGCAUCUCCAUGUGGGAGGUGGUGAUGGGGGCCUCAGAUCUCAGCCAGCCGGGCCCCGAGGCUGCGGUGAGACGCAUCCAGAGGCUCCUGGUGCACCAGCACUACGUUCCUGCCACGGCCAGGAAUGACAUCGCCCUGCUGGAGCUGGACCAGCCCGUGGAGUGCAGCGACUACAUCCAGCUGGGCUGCGUGCCCGACGCCUCGCUCAGGGUGUCGGAGCUGAAAUCCUGCUACAUCGCCGGCUGGAACUUUGCCAGAGGCAUGGUUCUGCGGGAGUCCAAGGUCCACCUCAUGGACACGGCGCUCUGCAACAGCAGCCGGUGGUACGGGGGGGCCGUUCAUGCUGACAACCUGUGUGCUGGGUACCCGCAGGGCGGCAUCGACACCUGCCAGGGGGACAGCGGGAAUCCCCUCGUCUGCAAGGACAACAGAGCUGACUACUUCUGGCUGGUGGGAAUGAACAGCUGGGGAAGAGGCUGUGACAGAGCCAGGCACCCUGGGAUCUACAGCUCCACUCAGCACUUCUACAACUGGAUCCUCAUCCAGACGGGCCUGAACCCAGCAGACAUAACCAGUUCAGCACCGGAGCCGAACUGCGCCCCGACUCCUAAGCCAGAGGUCACCACAACUUCGGUGGAGACCCUGACACCAGGGCCAGAACAAGAGGCAGAAACAGAGCCAACACCAGUGCCAGAGCCGACUCCAGAGCUGGUGACGGUGCCAGAGCCGACUCCAGAGCUGGUGACGGUGCCAGAGCCAACUCCAGAGCUGGUGACAGUGCCAGAGCCAACUCCAGAGCUGGUGACAGUGCCAGAGCCAACGGCAGAGCCGACGGCAGAGCCGGAGCCGGUAACAGAGCCAACGCCAGAGGCGACGUCAGUGCCACAGCCAAGCCCAGAGCCAGAGCUGGUGCCGGACCCGACGCCAGUGCCAGUGCCAGAGCCAACACCAGAGACAACGCCAGAGCCAACGACAGAACCGACGACAGAACCGACGACAGAGCCAACACCAGAGCUAAUGCCAGUGCCGAUGCCAGAGCCAACGCCAGUGCCAGAGCCGACACCACUGCCAGAGCCGAUGCCAGAACCAGAGCAGGAGCCAGAGUUGGUGCCCGAGCCGGAGCCAGAGCUGGUGCCAGAGCCAUCACCCGAGCCAGCCAUCCCCCUGAUGCCCGAGGAUCCGGUGCCACCACCGGCACUGGCACCGGACCGGCUUCUGCUGAUCUCGGUGCCGUACCAGAGCCUGGUGCAGUUCUGUAAACUGCUCAGGGAUUUCCUGCAGUUCCUCAGGGACCAGCUGGGCUGACCGCAGCAGGAGCGGACGCAGCUCCGGCUGCAGAAGGCGUCCGGCUGCAGAAGGCGGCCCCGGCCCGUUCCGCUCCCGGCUCCAUCGCCACCGCGGGGCCCGGGGCGGCCGCAGCCCCGGGGCCGCUCCGUCCCUGCCGCCCCUCCCGUGCCGCCCCCCGUGCCGCAGUUCCGUUCGCUGUUGAAAUAACGCUGUUCGUGCUCCCCAGCA